GGGUGGAGUUCACCUGUCGUCAUUUCACUGUGGGUGUUUUAAUAGGAUCCCCAUUAGCUGUUGCAAAAGCAGCAGCUACUCUUCCUGGGGUCCAACACAAAACAUGAAACAUGACAUAAUACAGAACAUCAAUAGACAAGCACAGAACUACAUAAAAAAAAAAGUUUUUACAAAAAAGCACAAGUCGCCUACAUAUCAAUGCACGCACACAAACUAUCUAGGUCAAAUAGGGGAGAGGCGUUGUGCCAGGAGGUGCUGCUUUAUCUGUUUUUGAGACCAGAUUUCCUGUUCACUUGAGCAAUAUUAGGUGCAACGGAGUUCCAUGCAAUGGCUCCAUAUAAUUAUGUACGCUUGAAUUUGUUCUGAAUUUGGGGACUGUGAAAAGACGCCUGGUGGCAUGUCUGGUGGGUUAAGUGUGUGUGUCAGAGCUGUGUGUAAAUUGACUAUGCAAACAAUUUGGGACUUUCAAAACAAUGUUUCUUCUAAAAAGAUGAAGUGAUGCAGUCGGUCUCUCCUCAACUCCUAACCAAGAGAGUCUGGCAUACAUAGUAUUUAUAUCAGCCCUCUGAUUACAAUGAAGCGCAAGACAUGCCGCUCUGUUCUGGGCCAGCUGCAGCUUAACUAGGUCUUUCUUUGCAGCAUUGCACCACAUGACUGGACAAUAAUCAAGAUAAGACUAAACUAGAGCCUGCUGGACUUGCUUUUUGGAGUGUGGUGUCAAAAAAGCAGACUAUCUCUUUAUCACGGACAGACCUCUCCCCAUCUUUACAACCAUUGAAUCUAUGUUUUGACCAUGACAGUUUACAAUCUAAGGUAACGCCAAGUAAUUUUGUCUCCACAACUUGUUCAACAACCAUUCCAUUCAUUACCAGAUUCAGCUGAGGUCUAGACUUUAGGGAAUGAUUUGUACCAAAUACAAUGCUCUUAGUUUUAGAGAUGUUCAGGACCAGUUUAUUACUGGCCACCCAUUCCAAAACAGACUACCAAUGAAAGAGUUGUAAGCAUCAGGGUCUCCAAAUGAUUCAUGCUAGUAUAAUCCUUAUUUCCUCUUUCUCUCAGAAACGUGAGGUCAACACUGUGCUCUCUGACAUCAUCAAGCACAUUAUGCCAGAUCGUGCAUUUGAGGAUGCCUAUGCUCAGCUCCAGUCCGUGAUAAGGAAGAUCCUCACCUACUUUCAUGACUUCUCUAUCCUCUUCUCCAUGGAGCGUUUCCUUCCCUUCGUGGACAUGUCCCAGAAGGACAGCGUCAGGGUGGAGGUGUGUCUCUCCAUCAUGGACAUCUUCAUUAACGCGCUGACUCUGGAGGAUGAGAAGAGAUCUGGCCUUACUGAUCAAUGGCUUCAUAUGCAUGGCUGUGAACCAGCUGGCCGUGGAGACAAGCCGGGUGAAGAGGGGGAGCCACUCCCAUAAGACUGCUACUUUUGUCAGGGUUUGUCACACCACAGCACUAUCUACAGUACCAGUCAAAGUUUGGACACACCACAUUCAAGGGUUUUUCUUUAUUUUGUAAAACUAUUUUCUACAUUGUAGAAUAAUAGUGAAGACAUCAAAACUAUGAAAAACAAUUAUGGAAUCAUGUAGUAACCAAAAAAUUUUUAAAAGAUAUUUUAGAGUUUAGAUUCUUCAAAGGAGCCACCCUCUGCCUUGAUGACAGCUUUGCACACUCUUGACAUUCUCUCAACCAGCUUCACCUGGAAUGCUUUUCCAACAGUCUUGAAGGAGUUCCCACAUAUGCUGAGCACUUGUUGGCUGCUUUUCCUUCACACUGCAUUCCAACUCAUCCCAAACCAUCUCAAUUGGGUUGAGGUCGGGUGAUUGUGGCGGCCAGGUCAUCUGAUGCAGCACUCCAUCACGCUCCUUCUUGGUCAAAUAGCCCUUACACAGCCUGGAAGUGUAUUGGGUCAUUGUCCUGUUGUUGUCAUUGUCCUGUUGGGUCAUUGUCCUGUUGGGUCAUUGUCCUAAGUGCAAACCAGAUGGUAUGGCCUAUUAUUUUAAGGAUAUAGCCUACAAAGAAAUACAUUGUGAAGCAUUUGUGAGUGAGGUCCUGAGCACUCAGGAGCAUGUUUUUUUAUCAAGGAUCUCUCUGUACUUUGCUCCUUUCAUCUUUGCCUCGAUCCUGACUAGUCCCCCAGUCCCUGCUGCUGAAAAACAUCCCCACAGCAUAAUGCUGCCACCACCAUGCUUCACCGUAGGGAUGGUGCCAGGUUUCCUCCAAACGUGACUCUUGGUUUUGCGACUGCACUUGAAUACUUUCAAAGUUCUUGAAAUGUUCCGGAUUGACUGACCUCCGUGUCUUAAAGUAAUGAUGGACUGUCAUUUCGUCUGUAUACCACCCCUACCCUGUUGUUGCUGUAUACCACCCCUACCCUGUUGUUGCUGAAUACCACCCCUACUCUGUUGUUGCUGUAUACCACCCCUACUCUGUUGUUGCUGAAUACCACCCCUACCCUGUUGUUGCUGUAUACCACCCCUACCCUGUUGUUGCUGUAACUGCCUAGCUCAGGGGCAGAACAACAUAUUUUUACCUUGUCAGCUUGGGGAUUCGAUCCAGCAACCUUUCAGUUACUGGCCCAACGCUCUAACCACUAGUCUAACCACCUGCCGCCUCAUGCUUGCAUACAUUUUAAGUACGAGUGGUCCUGGGAAUCCAACCCACUAUCCUGAUGUUGCAAGCCCAUGCUCUACCAACUGAGCUACAGAGGACCAUAUAAUAUUGAUUUCUCAGAGUAGACUUCAGAAAUAUAGAAGAAAGUGAAAUGAAAGAAUCAUUGGAGUCAAAGUCGCUGCUUAUACAUGUUCUUUGUAUUUUUCCAUAGAACAUGUUUUACUCAACUGUCCUCUCUUAUCCCUUCAUGUUCUUCCUCUUUGUGCCAUAGAGUGUUCGUAGACAGGGUAGUCUAGCCUUCUCUCUGUUUGGCUGCCUCUUGGCUCAUGGGGAACUACGUAACAACAAACUCAACUUGUGGAAUCUGAGCCACACACGCACCUCUGUGAGUGCAAGAACAAAACAUGGAGAGAUAUUCACUAUCUCUAUAUACACACACAACACAGAAUAUGGUUUAUUUCUUAGUCGCCCUCUUUUUCUUGACAGGUGAGGACACUAGAAUUCAUCAAGCGCCAGGCCCAGCAGCCAGACAUGGUUCAACACCUCACCCUGCAGUCUAGGACCUGAGGCCAUCAACUACAUCCCCUGUCCCAUACAUCUACAGGGCCUUCAGAAUGUUUUCACACCCCUUGACUUUAGCAUUUUGUGAUACAGCCUGAAUUUUAAAAUUAUUACAUUUGGAUUAUUUUGUCACUGGCCGACACACAAUACCCCAUAAUGUCAAAGUGGAAUUGUUAUUCAAAAUGUUUACAAAUGUAUAAAAAAUAUAAAGCUGAAAAGUAUUGAGUCAAUAAGCAGUCAACCCCUUUGUUUUGUCAAAAAUAAAUCAGUUCAGGAGUA